GCGCAUGCGCGGUGCGUAUUCAAACGGUGUGCGUAAUGGCUGCCUGACGAAGUGAAUUUAGAUGCUCAGACUCUUCUGCUUUUAUUUUGACCGUAGCAAACGGAUAACGUCGAGACGUCUGAGCUAAAAAUGGUCCAUACUCAUGUAGAGACGCAGCCGAAGACGAAAUCCAACAGCGUGAAGUAACUAACCAACGUUUUAGGUGGAGGCCUGUUCGGUGCCCUGCUGGUCAUGGCGAUGAAGGCCCGUGUGGAGGCAGUUCUGAACGUGGGUUUGCGGAUCCCCAGCAUCAUGCUGCUAGAGGUGCUGUACCGCUGGGACGUCAGCUCCUUCUUCCAAAAGAUCCAGAGGAGCAGUCUCAACAAUAACCCUCUCUUCCAGUACAAAUAUAUCGCCCUGUACCUGCAUUAUGUCGGUUACAUCCUCAGUCUGGUGUUGCUGACUUUACCCCGGCAGCAUCUUGUGCAACUCUACCUCUACGUGCUCACAGCUCUUCUGCUCUUCGCUGGACACCAGCUCUCCAGGGAUUAUGUACGUGGAGAGCUGGACUCUGGAUACGAGGGACCCCUCUACCUGGAGCCACUGUCCAUGAACCGCUUCACCACGGCGCUCAUCGGUCAGGUCGUGGUGUGUACGCUGUGUUCCUGCGUCAUGCAGACCAAACAGAUCUGGCUGUUUUCUGCACACCUGCUCCCUCUAGUGGCUAGACUGUGCCUCGUGCCCCUGGAGACCAUCGUCUUCAUCAACCGCUUCGCUAUGAUCUUCACCGGUCUGGAGGUGCUCUACUUCAUCGCUUCCAACCUGCUGGUGCCGUACAAUCUGGCCAAAACUGCCUACAGAGAGCUGGUGCAGGUGGUGGAGGUGUAUGGUUUGCUUGCUCUGGGCAUGUCUCUGUGGAAUCAGCUGGUUCUGCCUGUUCUCUUCAUGUGCUUCUGGCUGGUGCUGUUUGCGCUGCAGAUCUACACCUACUUCAGCACACGGGACCAGCCACCCUCCCGAGAGAGGCUGCUCUUCCUGUUCCUCACCAGUAUCGCUGAGUGCUGUAGUACUCCUUAUUCUCUGCUGGGGCUGGUCUUCACUGUGUCUUUCGUGGCGCUGGGCGUCCUCACCCUCUGCAAGUUCUACCUACAGGGAUAUAGAGCUUUCAUGAACGACAAUGCCAUGCACAGGGGCAUGACGGAGGGCAUCACUCUGCUGAUCUUAGCCGUUCAGACUGGGCUCAUUGAGCUGCAGGUCAUUCACAGAGCUUUCCUCCUCAGCAUCAUCCUCUUCGUCGUAGUGGCUUCCAUCCUGCAGUCAAUGCUGGAGAUUGCUGACCCCAUAGUUCUGGCGCUGGGGGCCUCCAGAGACAAGAGUCUGUGGAAACACUUCCGAGCAGUGAGCCUAUGUCUUUUCCUGCUGGUCUUCCCUGCUUACAUGGCUUACAUGAUCUGCCAGUUCUUCCGUAUGGACUUCUGGUUGCUCAUAAUCAUCUCCUCCAGCAUCCUCACAUCACUGCAGGUUCUUGGGACGCUUCUGAUCUACAUCCUCUUCAUGGUGGAGGAGUUUCGUAAGGCUCCUGUUGAAAACAUGGAUGAGGUCAUCUACUGUGUCAAUGGGACCUACCGGCUCCUGGAGUUCCUGGUAGCCGUCUGCGUGGUGGCCUACGGUGUCUCAGAGACCCUGUUUGGAGAAUGGACUGUAAUGGGCUCCACCAUCAUCCUGGUCCACUCCUAUUACAACGUGUGGCUCAGGGCCCAGCUGGGCUGGCAGAGCUUCCUGUUGCGCAGAGAUGCAGUCCACAAGAUCCAAAGCAUGCCCACUGCUUCCGCAUUACAACUCCAGCAACAUAAUGACAUCUGUUCUAUAUGCUUUCAGGACAUGAAGUCUGCUGUCAUCACACCAUGCAGCCACUUUUUCCAUGCUGCCUGCUUAAAGAAGUGGCUGUAUGUGCAAGAGACGUGUCCUCUGUGCCACGGCCAGCUCAAAAGCCAAUUACAGCCAGCAAGCUCUCCAGGAGCCGCCAACCAAGGCGCUCCAACGGCCAAUCAGAACCCAGCAGAGGCGGAACAGGAGCAGGCUGAGCCACAGGUUGAGCCGGACACUGAGGAAGGCGCCCAAGCAAAAAACGCGCCUCCCAUGAAAACCUCAGCUGAGCCAGAGCUUGAAACAGACUCGUUAUCAUCGGGGAGCUUGAAAAUCCAGCCCAAAGAAUGUGAUAAAGCUGCAGAGAGCAGCACCAACCCAGACGGUGGUUUGAAUGAUGAUGGUUCGUGCAGCACGUCAGAUGUCCAUUCCUCUUCAUGAGCAACUCUUACCAGCCUGUGAGGUGUCGCCACAAACACUUUAUGUUGCCAAUGAUGAGGACUCCAUUUGAACACAAUAGGGAUGGUUUACCUUAAAAUGUUUUUUGGGGUUUUUUUUGUCGUUUACUAACACACGCACCAAACCCUUUUUGUGGAACACAAAAAAAGAUAUUUCGAAUUUUGUUACAGCUGCUCUUUUUCAAUAUAAUGAAAAGUGACUUGUGCUAUUAUGUUGAAUCUUGUUCCCAACUCUGAAAAAAAUUGCUGCUAAUUAUUUAACUAUUUGGACUUUCUCAAAAUGGAAAAAAAGGCUAAAUUGCUUAAUUUUAACUCCCAAUUCAUAAGAGUUUACAUCUCACAGUUGUGGUUUUUUGUUUCUACCAUGGAAUAAAAAAGUUAGUAUGUCGCAAUAGUCUACAACUUUUUUUUUUUUUUUUUUUUUAAGCUAAUUCUCACAAUUACACGUUUAUAUCUCACAAUAGCAAGUUAACAUUCUGCAGUAAUGUCUACGUUUACGUCUUAAAUCAUUUUUUUUUGUCCACGUAUAAUCUUUAAUCUAUUCAUUUCUAUCAAUUGCAGUUUAACAUUCCACUGUUAUUACUUUUUUCCCUCCAAAAUCUGAGUUUACACUUCUUCUCUUUUUUUUUCAACACAGAUUGAAAAAGUCAGAAUUGUGAGAAAGUUCCAAGUAUUUUUUUUUCUUUCCCGCUGUGCAGAUAUCUCCACGCAAUAUCGUAGUAUCCUAAAGCUUGUGUUGGGAACAGACCGAUAUGAAAUUGUUGCCUAAAAUAUUAAAAUGUUUUUUUUAUUUAAAUAGUCAGCUGAACUUUCCCUUUUGUGUUCCACAAAAAAAACAUUGUACGAAUUUGAAAUGACAUUUUCGAAUAAUUUUUUUUUUUUUUUUUUUUUGGGAUGUCUCUCAGCUCACGGAUGCAUUUCAUACGAUCUGUUCACAUUAUUGCUGGUCAAGACGACAUUUCAGAAUUCUGCCCUACAGAGACAAAACAUAGCUAACUGUACACUUUGUGCUAACAUUAAGUUACUAACGUAGGCUCUUAAAAAGUGAUAUGUGUGACAGACUGGUUUGGCACAACUAUGCUUUUCAGAAACUCGCUUAAGAAACCCUUUCUCCAUUCGAGUGCUGGUGUAGGUACAGCGUUUCGCCUUUGUAGGGCAGAAUACAUUCAGUAUGCCUGAAAGUGUGCAUCAUCUCUAUGGAGGUAAUGGAUGAUGCUCGAUUAUUAAUGCUAAACUGUUUUGUAGAAGUGUGUGUGUGUGUGUGUGUGUGUGUGUGUGUGUGUGUGUGUGUGUGUGUGUGUGUGUGUGUAAACUUUUUGGAAGCGCAUCCCAAAUGAGCCACUGCGAAAUCCAGACCCCGGCAGAGUCAAGCUGAGGAAUGUUAUUUAAAGUGCCAUUGAGCCAGCUGAUCUGUUUCAUCACAGCACGCCUCUCGUUAUUUACCCCAGUUUUAAAGGGAUUGUCCGAGGCUCGGCGUUUUUUUGUCAUUUACGUAUUUGUCACUCUUUACCAUGUGUCAGAAAUAAUGUAAAAACGUUAAGCCGUCGGUUCGGCAGUUGGCUUGAUUCCUGGAAACGAGCAUUUUUAAAAGCAUAUUGCGGACUAUAUAGACUAAACCUGUUUUCUGGUUUUAAAGAACAUUAGUGGGUAGACAAUCAAUCAAUACAUUUUUUUUUAAAAAAAAAUCAAUAUUCAGUGGAUGUUUCUUUAAGGCUGUCUCGGGUUUGCCCACAGUAAAACUGGCAUGUUUAGCGUUGAAUCUCAAAAUCAAGUUUUUUUUUGUUUUUUUUUGUAGUUCUUUAAAGGUUUGUUUCUCCUUUAAUAUUGGCUGUCGACUAACGAGUUUAUAUCAUCAGCAGUGUUUAAUUCAGUCACUGCAGACUUAUUUUCUGUCAGGAGAACACUCCAUUUUGUUUGCCAGAGAUGUCACGCCAUACUAUGUUUGCACUAAUUUCAUUUAUAGCGAAUAAUAUUUUGUCUCGUCGGGCAGCAAACGCUUACAGAGCAGAUGAAGUAUAGCUCAUUAUAAAUGUGUACAUACAUGGGCGAAUAUAUUUCUUUGUAUAUUCUUUUAUUGUGUUUUUGAUAUGCCACGCAGUGUUAAAGCGGCGGCGAACGUUAUGAAGCGUCUCGAGGGCCGCGUGAACGCUCUCGGAAGCGGGAUUGAUCCUGAGGACGCCGAUUGGUUUUCUGCUGUUUUUUUGUUUUUUUUAAAGAUACGUUUCUGAAUGGCAUAUUUGCGUGCAUGAAUACACCCGAUGUAUGAGCAAUCGCAAAUGACGUUCGAAGCAUUCUGUAUCAAGUAGUUUUGCACAGUUUUCUUGAAAGAAAAUAAAUUGAAAUGUAGCUGGAA